AUGCUCAAUGUAGGUUUAUCCCAAUCUGUCAAUCAUCCGACACCUCAACAACACAUCAUCAACAACCGAACUGUUCAAGAUCAAGGUUCAGCUAGUUCAUCAAUUACAUAUUCAGACACUUGUAUCAACCGAUCACUAUUAUUAUCACAUUGUAUUCCUAUUCCCAGUACUAAUGGUGUUAUUAUAAAUCAGUCUAGUUCAUCGAAUAUCAACAACUCCACCACUCAAUGUCCAAUGUUCAACCAUCCAUGUUAUAUCACCAACUGCCAUCAUCAAUCAAUACCAUUGAACCUUCGUCCAUAUCAUCAACGUGCAGCGACAUUUAAUAAUCUUUAUAAUUCAACAAGUAAUAUGAAUCAUCUUCAAUUGAAUCAUCAACAAUGCCAAGAUAAUCAAAAUCAAAAUGUUACACCAAUAGAAAGUGAAAAUGACAAUGGUUUUACAUUAGUCAAACGAAAAAAAGAAAAAGAAAAAAAAUUGAUCUUACACAAAAUCAAACAUCUUCAUCGUGUUCUUCAUCACCAACAAUUUCCACGAAUAGAUCCGCUUUUUCAACAAACACCAACAGUAUUAUUACUCAUGUUCAACCGAGAAGCACAACAGUACGCUGAAACACGUUACGCCUUUCCACCAUUCAUCAUUAAAUUCCAACAAGAUAUUAAUGGAAGUUCAGUAAUAAAGUAUAUAGUAACUCAUUAUUCUUACAAUUAUAAUUUUAAUUUACAUUUCGCUGGUCAUCGAUUAAAACAUAAACGUGAUUUAUUAUUAUUUGUUAAUGAUCGUGAAUCGUUAUCAAUGCUCUACGAUGCAGCAAAGUGGCCGUUGACCAUUGAAUCACUCAAUUAUGAAAAAACUCUACCUAAUCAUUUAUCACCUCAAUUUUCGUUAGUUCUCAAGCAUGUUCCAUUUGAUAUUGAAACUGAUACAUUAUUAACAAACAUUAAAAAUACUUAUACUGAUGUAAUGAAUGCUCAUCGAAUUUUUAAUAAGAGUCAACAACCUACCGCAUUAGUUCGACUUGAUAUUAACAAUGUAAAUGUCAUUGAUGAAUUAUUUGAUAAGAAAUUUCUUUAUAUUGAUAAUUUAAGACUUAGAGUGAUGGAAUAUUUGGCACCAGCCAAGGUGUUGAUAUGUGGCAAAUGCUACCAGAUUGGACAUUUUAGAAGUACCUGUAAAAGUACUUUAGAAUAUUGUAAUACAUGCGGAUUUAAUAGUAAUGAUCUAAAUCGGCAUAAAGAAAAAUAUGAUAAAAAACAAUGCUGUAUUAGAUGUAAAGGUUCACAUGAUUCCAACGAUGUAAGUUGCCCUGAUGUUAAAACAUACAGAGUCGCACUCGCAAAUCUCUUUUAG